GGCUGUCCUCCUUCAAAUGAUGACCACCGCAGGAAUCCUCUUAUCCAUCAUCUCCUACGCAUCCCCCCUCGCCCUUCCUCGUCUUCACAUACAAACCGCUGCUUCUUCUCCUGGCCACUCCUCCUCCUCCUCCUCCUCCGGCGCUUGAAGCAGUAGUAGAAGGGUGAGCAGUACCCUUCGUCACCAUGGACUUCGUCUAUGGACCAGGGAAGAACCACCUCUUUGUUCCGGGGCCGGUCAACAUCCCCGAGCCAGUGAUUCGAGCAAUGAACAGGAACAACGAGGACUACCGCUCCCCUGCCAUCCCUGCCCUCACAAAGACCCUUCUCGAGGACGUCAAGAAGAUCUUCAAGACAACAAGCGGCACCCCCUUCUUGAUCCCAACAACAGGUACUGGUGCCUGGGAAAGUGCCCUCACCAACACUCUCUCGCCUGGUGAUCGGAUUGUCUCUUUCCUCAUCGGCCAGUUCAGCCUCCUCUGGAUCGAUCAGCAACAACGCCUCAACUUCAGGGUUGAUGUCAUAGAGAGCGACUGGGGGCGAGGUGCCGAUCUUGAUGCCUUGGCAUCGAAGCUGGAAGCUGACCGGUCUCAUACCAUCAAGGCUGUUUGCAUCGUUCACAAUGAGACCGCAACCGGAGUCACCAGUGAUCUGGCGGCCGUCAGGAAAUUGCUCGAUGAGUACAGGCAUCCCGCAUUGCUGCUGGUGGAUGGGGUUUCAUCCAUAUGUGCUCUUGACUUCCGAAUGGAUGAAUGGGGAGUUGAUGUUGCCUUGACAGGAUCACAGAAAGCUCUUUCCAUGCCUACUGGGAUGGGCAUCGUGUGUGCAAGUCCUAAAGCCAUGGAAGCUGCUAAGACGGCCAAAUCAGUAAGAGUGUUCUUCGACUGGAAUGACUACUUGAAGUUCUACAAAUUGGGAACUUAUUGGCCCUACACACCCUCCAUCCAACUCCUAUAUGGCCUUAGAACUGCUUUGGAUCUUCUUUUCGAGGAGGGUCUUGACAAUGUGAUUGCAAGGCAUAGCCGUCUCGGAAAGGCGACAAGACUUGCUGUGGAGGCUUGGGGGCUGAAGAACUGCACACAAAGGGAGGAAUGGUUCAGUGAUACUGUCACUGCUGUGGUAGUGCCACCUUAUAUCAAUAGUGCUGAUGUUGUGAAGAGAGCAUGGACAAGAUACAAUUUAAGCUUAGGGCUGGGACUGAAUAAAGUUGCAGGAAAGGUGUUCAGAAUAGGACAUUUAGGCAACCUUAAUGAGCUGCAAUUGCUGGGUUGCCUGAGUGGUGUGGAAAUGGUACUCAAGGAUGUAGGAUACCCAGUCAAGCUUGGAAGUGGAGUAGCUGCAGCAGCUGCAUACCUUCGGAACUCUACCCCAAUGAUCACUUCUAGGAUAUAAGACUUCUCUGGUUGGGCGUUCCAUGAUUGAAUCAAGAAGUCGUAAAACCGAUGUAUAUUGGUAGAAGUAAGAUAUCCUUAUUUCUCAAACUGUUCCAAAUUGUAAUCAUCUCAUCUUGGUUGUUUGUAUUUAAGUCUGUUUUCUUUUCGACAAAUUGUACACCACAUAUGCUCGCAGAUGCUCAAAAAUCCUUUCUUUCACAACCUGCUAAUAUAGGAAAAGCUGUAAUCGGUCAGUGUUAUCUCAAACAUAACCAGUAGAUUAAAACCUGCUUUUCUACA